AUGGAAGUAAAGUUGGACCAGUUUGAUUUGCUUGGUUGCUUGGAAGAGGAGGAGGUGCAGCUUUUGCUAGAAGCUCAGGAAUCAGAUGCAACGAUUGCAGAGUUGUUGACACAGAUCGAACAACUGUACAAGGGUGUUGACAGGGAAAGGAAAGCUUUGCAUGAAGAUAGCUAUCAGGAAGACAAUGGUUCAUUGCUUUGUGAAGAGCAGAUGAAAUGGCAGGAGGUUGUAUUUGGGAGCAAAAGAGGGACGGUCUUGAAGGAUCUUCAGCAGUGCAACAAUCUCAAAAGAGACAUAGCUGUGGCAUCAAAGUUAAUACGUGCGAUGGAGAGUGUUCCAUGUGAGACGCUGCUGGAGAGUGCUCAGAGAGAAAGGCAAGAUGGUCAAAGAUAUUGGGAGAGCCAAGGUGAACAUCUCGCGCUCUCAUCGUCAGGGCAAACUGGGAACCAGGAAGAUUUUGGCGUUCGUCCGCUCGAAUGCCAGGCAGGAACCCAGGGCGCAAAUACUGUUCAGGAAGUAGAAACUCACACAGGGCAUGGGGUGAAUGGGCUUGAACAGCCUUCACAUCCACUGGGCUCAGAAGAAGCCUCGCCCAACGAACAAAGGGAAACAGACCAAAAUCAAUGCAGUGACGCUGCUGGUGAUGGUGAUGGGCCUGAAGGAUUUCAAAUACCGGUCAUUGAAAUCAAAAUGCCGGGUGCGCAGGCCGCCAAGGGCAAGGGCAAAGGCAAGUGCAAGGGGCCACCCAUGCCAACUUGCAAAGCCAUGGCAAAGUCCGAAGUCAAAAAACAUGAGGCCAAAAAGAACCUAGUGACCUUGCAUUGGAAGGCUUUGCCGAAGGCAGCUGAGUUGGAUUCCGCGGCCAAGAUGUCGUCGAAUGAUCCACUCCUGCAGAGCUGCCGCGAUCUACUAUGUAUUGCCAAGGGCUCCCCCCCUUCAGCUGACAAAGACAUGGCUAGCCACAUGACAAUCACGGAGGCUCUUGCAGGUGCCUUCCAAGCUAAUCAGGCUUGUGAAGACAUGCCCGAUUCCAUGAACGAGGUCUACUUCAAAAGACGUGAAGCUGCUGUACAAUUUGCGCCGGGUGACGCCAACAAGAACUCCAUUCUCGAUGAGAAGCACUGCCGAAUGUUGGGCAUUCUGAUGGGGAAGUACCGCAUGAAGAACAAAGAUGAAAGCCAGCGACAGAUUGUGGCAACUAUGAAGCGAGCAGUGUUGAGCUGCAGAUAUGACAUCCUGAAAGAGGAGGGCUUGAGCAUGCUUCGAAAAGUGGUCCGCGAUGCCCUGGAUGGGAAAGGAAUCUCCAAUUACGUUAAAGCACACGGCGCGGGUGCCUUGAAGAAACUGAAAGAUCCAUGGUUGCAUCGAUUGGUCUAUGAAAUACUCAAGGUUCCCCAGAUUGAAGAACGCCUCGAGUGUAUGCUGUUCCAGACAGCUUUCGAGGAGAGCGUUGCGAAAUGCUCCAGGAAUAUUGAUAUCAUGUGCGAGGCUUUGAUGACAGUCAAUGACAACCGGGGUUGCUUGCGUGAGCUUUUCAACAUUGCUCACCGCUUCGGGACUGCCUUGAACAGCAAUUGCCUUGCUCCGCAAGCUCCACAAGGAUUCAGCAUUGUAUCCUUGGAGCGAUUGGCGCAGACAAAAUCGACAGCUUCCCCAAAGCACAACAUGUUGCACUUUGUCCUUGCGAUGAUGAAGCCAGAGAUGAGUGCUGCUCUUUUUCCUGACGAGGACCUCAAAGCUUUGUCAGCAGCAAAGAGCUUAAAAAGCUACACCGUCUAUCAGGACUGCGCUGAGCUCACUGAAGGCUUCUUUGCUUUGCGUGAAAUUUGUGAAACUGGCAAGUACCAAAGCAACACUGGAGAGAAAGUCAAGAUUGAGCGAAGGCGAAUGACGAAAGCACCUCGAGACAAGGAGGAGACCAUAGAUUCUGACGACUGCUUCCACUCCGUGAUACAGGCGUUUGUUGAGAAGAACGAGGACAAAAUCAACCAGAUUGCUUCUGGAUGCUUCGCUGCUUUCCGUAUGUACAAGGAAAAAGCGUUGUUUUUUGACGACCUCGGCUCUGUAUAUCCACCGCCAAAAGAUGACCAUGACAGCAAGGCCGAUUUGGUGGCUGUGAUCUACAAGCUGGCGAUGCAGGUGCGCUUGCACCUUACAGAGGUGGAGCAGGCCGUCACUUGCUUGGCCAUGCAGAGUCGCAGAGCUACUGGUUGA